CUUGUGAGACAUGAAAGGUGAGAGGGUACUCGUACUCGACUAUCUCCCAUCAGGGGCUUGGUCGCUGAUCGAACCUCUCUUCUCCUCACGGGCUAAAGGCACCCUCAACACACUCAUCUCCUUCGUCGAGGAUGAUUGCCUACCCGCGGAAGCUCUCUUUCACUCACAAAUCCCUACUGAUCCAGUACAAAGAUGGAAGACAAUCCCACCUAUCGUCCACACCCUUCAGACUCGGGCCAAACAGCUUGGCUUGUGGAACCUUGGGUUACCCCAAGGUGACUCUGGACCUGACGGACAAGGAGAGGGUCUGACCAAUCUGGAGUAUGCAGUUAUGGCUGAGAUCAUGGGACACUGCUUAGAGCUUGCACCUCAGGCGACAAACUGCAUGGCGCCGGAUAGUGGAAACAUGGAGGUCUUGGCGAUGUAUGGGACACCACAACAGAAAGACAAGUACCUACGACCUCUGCUCCAAGGAGAGAUCCGAAGUAGUUUCUCCAUGACCGAAUUUGGAGUCGCCUCAUCCGACGCUACAAACCUCCACAACACUAUUGCUACACAAUCCAGUUCUACACUCAUGUUGUCGGGUCACAAGUGGUGGAUCUCAGGUGCAGGUAAUCCGCAAAACAGAUUGCACAUUGUCUUAGCCGUGACCCAUCCUCAGAAUCCUCCUCAUCAACGACAUUCCCUCCUUUUAGUAGACCCAGGUCAACGAGGGGUCAAUGUAGUCAGACCGAUGACGAUUCUGGGGUAUGAUGAUGCUCCCGAGGGACACUGCGAGGUGAUAUAUGAUAACGUUUCCUUGGACCCGGACACCUCCGUCUUAGGUGGGAGGCAAGGAUUAGGAAGGGGUUUUGAAAUGCUCCAAGCGAGAUUGGGACCCGGACGGUUACACCAUUGUAUGCGAGCGUUGGGCGUCGCGGAAAGAGCUCUGGGAUUGAUGAUACAAAGAGUAUCCGAUCCUCAGAGGAAGACCUUUGGGAAACAACUCAAAGAUCAUGGUACGAUCUUAUCAGACAUCGCAAAUAGUCGAGCGGAGAUCAAUCAAGCUAGAAUGCUGGUACUGACCGCUGCCAGAGAGAUUGAUCUACUUGGAGCCAAGGCUGCGAGGAAGGAAAUUGGGGUUGCAAAGUUUAUAGUACCCAACAUGGCUCUUCGAAUCAUCGAUCGAGCUAUGCAGAUCCACGGAGCUGAGGGAAUCUCACAGGACACCCCGCUGGCUUAUCUAUACGCUCAGAUACGAACACUCAAAUAUGCGGACGGGCCCGACGAAGUACAUAUUCAGCAGGUGGGAAAGCAAGAACUCAACCGGGUAACAGAACUUCGAGAGAGACAUCGUAGAGUGCGUGAAAAAGAAGCCGUCACCGGUCCUCGGACCAAAGCGAAGUUAUAGCGAGAUAGGAAGUGCGUUACGAACACAACUACGAUCAUUCAUGUCAACAUCUGCUUUUG